AAAGAUGGCUGCGCCCAUGAACAUUUCUGGUGGCGGAGAAGAGGAGGAAAAAGAUGAGGAAAUUGACGUUUUAUCACCAAAUUUUAAUCCUUUAAAAGCUUUAUAUGCUUCGAAUGUAGCACUCCCAGUUUCUGAGGUGUCUAUGUUCAACAAUCUAGCUGAAUAUGAGCGGUUUAUGAGCAAAUCUGGAGAAGAGCCAAAAGCUCAAGAACAAAAUUGUGCGCCAUUGUCAAGACGUGCAUUGGAGCGGCGUCACUUAGAACACAUGAGAGAAAAGGAGAAACUGCUACCAAAGAGUACGUUCCAUAGAAAGAAUGUUAAUGUCUUGUCUCGUAUGGAGAGUCAUGAAACAAGAGAAUCUCCAUUGGACCUUCUGAGGCAGUGCGUUGAGAAACGAUGUAAGGUGAGGGUGUGCAUCCGCAGUUUCAAAGGGCUUCGUAGCAUCUGCAUUGGGUAUCUUGUGGCCUUUGACAAGAUCUGGAAUAUGGCUUUAUCAGAUGUUGUUGAAAUCUACAAGAGGCCUUCGACUGGGAAAAGAUUCCACCAUGAAGAAAAAGUGACAUACUCCAUGAUCAUGUCCAACUUGAAUCCUCCACCACCAAAGAAGCCAGACCCUCCCAAGCCAUCCGUGCAGGAGCAGAAAGCUACUGAUGUCAAGAAGCGAGCUAAAGAAUGCAAGUUCUGCCGAAUCAAGCAUGAAGCUCUCAUGGAGGAGAGGGCCAGGAGAGAUCUCCACGAAGCAGAGUUGGCUCAAGAUCAGUCAGCGAGCGAGAGUAGCAGUAGCGAUACAGACGAGUAUUCAACCACCGAUGAUAGUGAGUUCGAAGAUGGGAUUGAGAAAGGGAACAUGGAGAAGGGAGUCAAAAAACUGAAAACGCCUAAAAAGAUAUCUGGCUUGUGUCCAAAUGGUCACAAGACACCAAUAAUUCAUUCUCAGAGACUACAGUCCUCCAAAUGUGGUGAUAGUAAAUCUGGUAAGGAUUCAUCUACAUGUAAAGCAAAUGUUUCAGCAGGAUCAACCUCAAACACACCUACCUCUGCUAACAAGAGAAUCACUCCAGAAUCAUCAGACUCUUUAUGGACCGCUGCUUCAAGUUCACAUUCUCAAUUAACAGAGAGAGGCAGGGUGAGUACUAAAGAUGGGGUAUCUGUCAAAGAAGAGGUUUCUCAGCUUACUGCUCCAACAAGAGAAUCAAGGAUAUCUGCAAAGGCUAAAAGCUCAUCACCAGCAUCAUUAAAAAUGUCAGAUAUGAGAAAGUCUGAUUUGCUUCUCUCUAGAAUGACUACACCGGCAACAAAUCAAGAAUCAUCUCUUGCAGUCACAGCUGGGUCUACAUUAUCAUCACAUACCAUAACCUCAUCAACCUCAGAGACAUCAUCUGCACCAUCGGCAGCAUCAAGAAAAUCUGCACCACCACAAAAGUACACUAAAUCAUCAACUGUGACAUCAUCAUCUCUGUCGCAAGCAUUUUCAAAAUCUCUUAAGAUUGGGAGACAGUCUGAGAAACCUAAAGACACAAAGAGUCUGGAUGAGCAGGAAAAGGAGGUUGUUCAUCUGGAUCCAAAGACUGGUAAGCGGCUGAUUCAGCCAGAAGAGUUCAAGCGUCGUCAUGUCAACCAGCUCUUCAUCCGCGGAGACCAGGUUGUGUUGGUCUCGGUGGAGAGUGAUAUGGUGGUGGUGGAUUUAAAGAAGGCAGUUGAAAAGUUGGAGGAGAAAUCAUCUGCAAAGAGCAAGAAAAAAGAAACUGAGUUACCCCUUGCAUGGAGAUGAUGUUGUUGUUUUGGAUCUCAAAGAUGAAUUGUUUGUUGUUGUACUUGCAGGAUGUGCCAUGCUUGGUGCUAACAUAGAAAUCAGGGAAAACUAUGAAUCAUCUGCAUCAUCAUCAUUAUCUUUGUAGCAAGUAUUUUACAAAUCUCUCAGGAACUGAAGACAGUAUGAAAAACUCUUAGACACCAAGAUAGGUCAGAGAUCAUUUUGGGAUCAGUAAAUUUAUAUCUUAGAAAAUAUCAAUUCAAGGGUAAGGAUUUUGAAUUUGUUAAGAUAAGUUUGAAAUCAGAAAUUAGAAGAGUAUAAUUUCAGGAUAAAGGCCAAGAUCAAAGGUCAAUUCAGAUCAAUUAAUAUUGAUAAAAAUAAAUAUGUUUUAAUAAUAGUAUACAGUUCUUUUAUAGUGCAUGCAUCACAUUAUGAAUUAUAACGUCUACGUGUAUAUGCCCUUCCAAGUAUCGACCAUUAUGUGACUAAAAUUUUUGGUUAUUUGAUCAAGGUCAAAGGCCAUUUUAGGUAUAAAAAAAACCCUUAAAAGUUGAUAUUUUGUCAUAGUUUUACAAGGAAAUAUAUCCAUUCAUUUCCUUAUUUUUUGAAGCUUGAGUAUAGAUAAUAAAAAUCUGUUAAUUAUAUGUUGCAUGUGUAAAAUAUGCAUGUUUAUACAUAAAUAUAUAUGUAAAAAAUCAACAUUUUAGGGCAAGGCCAUUUUGCUUGUAGGUGACAUUUCUUUAUUUACAGCAAAAGUGGGGACAAUGGAAAGGUAGCAAAAUAUUCCAAGGACCGCCAAAGGACCACCCAAACUCGAUGUUUCGACAUGAACACACUUGUGACUUGUCCAAACAUUGCUCAUUCUCCUGAAGACAAGAACACACAUGUUUGUCUAAACAUCGAGUUUAGGUAGUCCAUUUCAGGAACAAUUGCCCAAGAUAGAUACAUGGUGUACCAUGAAACCUACUACACUAUUAUUUUUCUUCGCCAUGGAAACCUUCAGAAGUUAAAAUAUUCCAAGGACAAUAAAAAGGGGCAUUACAAGGCCUGGGGGAAUUAUUACAUUAUGAAGGGUGAAUGAAAGAAAAAUGUUUGAUAUUUCAAGGCAAAAGUCAACACUCCUGCAUUGUUGCAUUGGGGAAUGUAGUCGAGACUGCCAAUGUAGAUGUCAAUUUAUCCAAACAUUUUUGUUAUCAUGUAUGUGACUUUACAUGUAUUUCGCUACUCAUAUACUCAUUUUGUAUGUUUAUGAUGACUUGUAUAUCCAGGCUAUGUAGGGCAUGGUACACAAAACCUUGUGUACACUACAAGAUCAAAUAUGAAGUGAUUUUUUUUUUGACAAAUCACAUUAAAUUUUGAUUUCCAAGAAGUUAAAUGGUUUAAUUUGAAGUUACGUAGGCAUAAUACUAGAAAUACUGAAAUCAGAAUUUUGCUUUGCUGCAAAGCCUUUUAGCCAGAGUAAAGGCCAAAUCAGCUUCAAGGUGCAGCUGAUGAUGAUGUUACAAUUUGGAAUUGAAUUUGCUUUUAGAUAUUGUGAUUUUGUUAGGAUUCCAGCUCAGAUCAGGCUGUUUGUCAUUAUGCAAGGGUUUGGAUUUUGUCCCUUGAAUCAAGAGGGCAGUUGCCAUAGUAUCUUCUUUACUUGACUGAAUCUUCUUGGCUGCUGGUAAUUUUUUCACAUAAUUUGACACUCUUUGAGAAAAUAAAUCCCUUUGAAAAUGA